AUGGCCGCUGCGCUGCGCUCGCCCACGACGUGUGUCCAGCCACUCCGCGACAGCUGCCGCGCGUCCACUCGCCGGCUCUCGAUGCAGCUCGUGGCCGCCUGCGACGAGAGCGCAGAGGCCGUUGCUGCACUGCCGUUCGAGCGGCCCGAGCACGUACAGUGCCCCGAGCUGCUGCUCACGGGGCUCGAGCUCGAGGCGCGCACGCCGCUGCGGCUGCUGCACAAGAAGGGCCGACGCUUUGAGUCGCCGUGGGAGCCGUUUUUCGUCGGCAUUUACGCGCACGCGCUGUUUUACUUUGCCGACCGAAGCGAUUGGCCGCAGGGCGUUGUGCCGCUCGUGAAUGCCGACGUGAAGGCCGUGGACCGCAUCUUUCGACAGGGCGAUGGCCAUCGUGGAGGCGACGAGUGCGGGCCGUGCUGGAAAGUCACGUCCUGCAGUGGACGUGUGCUGCUGUUUCGCGCGCCGUCGCACGACGCGCGCGUCGAGUGGAUCGAGCAGCUCCGGCGCGCGGCAGGUGGGAAGCGACGGAGUUUGGUCGCAACGACCACCAACAUGGACGGAAAAGCUGCACUGGCGUUGGCACGGAGACUCGUGCGGUCGGCGAGCUCGGCGUCGACAGGAACGACGGGGCAGGUUUCGCCGCGCAUUCGGACGGCCUCGUCGUGUGGACGGUGGCCGAAGAAACUGAUUGUUGAAGACGAGCGAGACCAGGCAGAGCGACUGCACGAGGCGCUGCGGAUGGUGGAGAAGCAGCGGUAUGAGAUCAACGAGCUACGGGAACGGCUAAAGACGUAUGAACGUGCGGGGCAGAAAGGGGGUAGCAAGGAGAGAGGACACGAGGGUCGAAGACAGACGGAAGCGACCGAUACGAGACACUCUGACGUCGACGAGCGUCGUCGAGGCGAAGCGGACACUGCACAACCGGAACGAGCUGGACAGAGUGACGAUGAUGAAAACGAGCUGGAUGUGUACGCGAUGCUGAACGAUGUUCCGAUUGAAUCGUGCAAGGGAUCUCGCCCUUCGGCGAUAUCUGACGUGCUCUCUGACGAUAGGGAUACGUCGUCGACCGAGGAAGACGGGAACGAGGGCGACGACGAGAGCGCUAACGAUUGUGUGUCUGAUGAUAAGCAAGGAGAUGGAAAGGAAGAUACUCAGAUUUGCAAAAUCGUGGAUGAGCUACCGGAGACGUGUUCAGGUCACAAGGACAAAUUGGCUGCUGAGGCUGACCCAGCUCAAUUACAAACUGGGUCAGCGAGUCCAACUCGUGACGACUCGCUUUCAUUCUCGAGGAAGUCGCCUACGUUGACGUUGCCUCAGGAAGAGGCUGUGUCGGCUGCGGCGAAGCCUAUGUCUGCAGCUUUUUCGAUGUUCUCGUUGGAUGUAGCAUCGAUGCAUUGCCAUGGCGCAGCGGAAACGGAAUCACUCCAGCAGCAAGCAGCAGAAAAUGAAUCGAUCCAGCAGCAAGCAGCGGAGCUGGUCGAGAUGGCGCGUAACUUGAAUAAGGAUGACGGCAGCGACGACGGCUCGCUAGCCUCCAGUUUCAUAGGAUCACAUAGUGGUGCUGGCAUGCUUGAUUCGAAUGCUGGUGCUGGAAACGACUUCUUGCAGCAGCAAGCGAUGGAGCUCGCUGAGAUUGCUCGCAGCUUGCAGUCUUCGUUUCGAGCGGAUCCUAAGCCGUCAAAGGUUACGUCAACAUCGACUUCAAGUUCAUCACCACUCCUUGAUUCGCAAGGUUCUUUUUCCGGCGUCACGGACUUUGGCCUGGAUCAGAUCAACUCGAACGGCAGCGACGAUAGCAUUUUCUCCAUUACACAAGAUGAUCUUUUCUUUGAUGAAGACGAGGAUGGCGAGAUUGAGCGUCUGUCCGAGUUUGACGCGUCGGACAGCCAGUUUUUGGAGGCGAGUGGCUUCCUGGACUCAGUUCACCAAGUCAUGAAAGACUUCAUUGUGUCCACUCGGCCGGAUCAGUCGUGUGUUUCGGAGCAGUCAGUCAUCAAUGAAGAAGUCGCUGCCAAAGAGAGUGACGUCGAGUCGCCAAGGGAUGUCCACGGUCUUGAGAAGAAUCAUAGGCAGCGUGCCUUACGAAUGGAGACUCCCGCGGACGGGUUGCCCAGCGGAACGAGUCCGAGGAUCCGCAGUCUCUUUUCUCAUGCUCGUUCAGCGCGUGACUACUUCAGCGGAGACUCCGACCGAGCUCAUUUGCCGCAUUUACCGAAGGACAUUUCGUCAUUGGUCGUCGAGGACACGAUGUCAGUUGUUGCUUCGAUCCUUCAGAGCGCGGGGCGUGAAGACAAGAUGCGUUUGUUAUCUCCUUUCCUCCGCAUCUUUGGAAGCCACAACCGCCUUAGCCACCUCAUCCGUUGGGCAAUCGAGAUCGAGGUAGCUUCUGUCAUUAACGUGGCAACGCUCUUCCGCUCGGAUGACUAUGCGAGCAGGUUUGUUUCCACGUACAGUAAGGCGAUCGGGUCGAAGUUCAUCCGUCUAGCUUUAUCCGAUCCGAUCCGCCAGAUAUUUAAGUUGAAGAUUGCCGACAUGGAGCUGAACCCGCAUAAGGAGGAGUCGCUGCAAGAUGAGGCACAAGCGGGUUCUAAUGCCGCGAACUUGAUGAGGGCGUGUCAAAAUAUCAUUGACUCGAUCAUGACGAACACCCACUGCAUCCCGUCUUCAUAUUUCCACAUUUGCUCCCAUUUGAACUCGGUGGUUAUCAGUCGUUUUGAUGGUUCAAAAGAAGGUGUAGAGGCGGAGGAUGCAUCGACGUUGACUCGGUCCGUGAUCGGAGGGUUUCUCUUCCUCCGCUUCGUUUGCCCAGCCAUUACCACCCCGCAUUUGUACGGACUAACGAAGCUGCUGCCUCCGCCUGAGACGCGCCGUGUACUCGUGCUGGUCACAAAGCUGCUGUUCAAAACAGCGACUGGCGUGAAAUUUGGAGACCGCGAGCCUCAAUUCGAGGCUCUCAAUCCAUUCAUCGAGAAGAACUCUCCAGCCAUCCAGCAGCUUUUCGCCAACUUGGCGAUGUCACCAAGUCAAGAUAUCGACGAAUGCUUCGCUUCUGAUAGCCGCAAGAUCUACUCGCACGUAUCUUCGUCGCAGUUGGUCGAAGAUCUGGAGAUCAUCCGGUCUGUCUCGGAGAAGAAUAUUGAAGAUAUUGCGAAGAAGCUGGAGGGCUGCGAUUGUGCACCCGGGGUGACAGACAACUUCAAGGCAGCUGUGCUACCGAGCUCCGAUCCACUGCAGAAGAGCUCGUUGACGAAGAAAUUGAGUGCCAACAUGAAGUUCCUUAGCGGCUUUGGUAAGAAGCCCAAGACGCAGAAACAGUCCGACCAGUGA